AACAAAAACAAAUUUCAGAAAAACAUUACAUUGAAGAUCAUCCAAAGUUGUGCACCAAUGUUGCUCUUCACUUCCUCUUUCUUAUGUACACCUUCUUCUUCUUCUUCUUCUUCUUCUUCUUCUUCUAUCCCAACGGUUACUCUUUCUCCUACAAACUCAUUAUCUUCUAAUGUUCUUAACCUACGCAUACCCUGCUUUAUCCUGCGCCACUAUUUCCAAUGCCCGCAUUCUUCUGCUUCUUCUUCGCUCUUUACGAAACCCAUUUCCAGAACCACUCUCACGUGCGUUCUCGGACAUUCACUCACCAACCAGCACGUGUACCCUGACCCAAGUCCCGAAUUUGCAGAAUUUGAGACGCACAAGUUCAAAGUUGAGCUCUUUCAGAAGCUUUCUGACGAUGUAGAUGAGUUUGGUAAUGAACUUGAUGCGGUUAUUCACGUUUGUGCUCAGAUAUUUAGCGAGUUUUUACACAAGGAGUAUGGAGGUCCGGGUACAUUGUUGGUGACGCCGUUCACGGAUAUGUUGGUUGCUUUAAAGAAGAAGAAAUUACCUGGAGCACCUUUGGCUGCCAGAGCAUCACUAUUAUGGGCACAAAAUCAUGUAGAUGAAGAUUGGGAAGUUUGGAACUCAAAAUGACUUGUAUUUUCACAUUUUUCUCUCUUUUUUACAAUGUAAAGAUUUAUCAUAUGCUUGUAACAUUCUGUAUCCUUAAAAGUAUAAUAACAAUAAAAAAAAAAUCUCAGUUCAAUUAAA